AUGGCACACCGUCACCCACUUCGUGUAUUCGUCGCCUGUGUGUGUUCAGUGGUCUUGGCGGCAAUAGUGGGCCUUCACCGCGUCGAGAUUGGCACGGUGGUGCAGACGUCAACCAGCCCAUCCACCAAGAAGACCCGCAGCACAAACACCACAUUUGACGAGGAGUCUCUGCAGUACAUUCCACGGGGUGUUGUGCGCACGUGGUCAGAGCGUGGCUUCCUGAUUGUGUUCGGCAUACCAUCGGCAGACAUCGAAGGGAGGCGGAGGCGCCGUUACCUGCAGCGUGCGUCGUGCUGGCGUUUCCCCAACGUUGCGACAAAAUUAAAUGACUUCACCGGUGCUAUGCUGGUGCUGUACAUCAUGGGCCGCCACCCAUCGCACAACUUCACGUACUCUGCAGCGCUGAAGCAGGAGGCGGCGGAGUGGCACGAUGUGAUUGCGCUACCGAUGAACGAGGGACGCUCCUCUACGAACAAGGAGAUGACUGGGCGUGGAAGGUGGGGCAUAGCGGCUGAGGUUGGUAUGAGCCGCAAGACGUUUCUUUGGUUUGAGAUGGCGUUACGCCUCUUGCCGCGUGUGAGCUACAUUGCGAAGGGUGAUGAUGACAUCUUCCUGCGUGUGCCGCAGUUCCUGGCCGACCUGCAGGCACUGCCACGCCAAGGGGUGUACUGGGGAUUGUUCACAGUUUGGAACUUCAAAAGGAACCGUGUCCAUUUGAAGAUUCGAUUUGCUGCAGGAAUGUGUUAUACACUUUCAAGAGAUGUGGCCGAACAGCUCUUGUCCUACGAGCCGCUGUACCGUCUCAUGCAGUUGUCAUACAGCCAGGAGCGGGAGGAGGAGUUUAUUUCCCUUAGCGUGCAACACGAGGAUGUGAUGGUGGGGCGAGUACUGCUUAUGAAACUACAGUACCAACCUUUAGUGUCUGUUGAAGCUGCAUCAUGUAGUUUCCACGAGGCCCGUGGCCGGCGGAAACGUUCGUUGGUGACAUGGAGGUCCGUUGCUGUUCACCACGUCCAUGAGGGUGACUACGCUCAGCUGAUGGCGCGGUUCACCAACGCGGAGGUUUUUACGCCUCGUCUACAGAGGUCUCGCAGCCGUGCAAUUAUGAGAUUCCUCUGCUAA